AUGAAAAUGGCACCGUCCCUAGACUUCCCUCUGCCCCACUUCCUUGUCUGCAUCAUCUUGGUCCAGCUGCUCACCUCUUGCUCAGCUCAGUUUGCUGUGAUUGGACCCCCUGGGCCCAUCCUGGCCAUGGUGGGUGAAGACGCUGAGCUGCCCUGUCACCUGUCGCCGAAGAUGAGCGCAGAGAACAUGGAACUGAAGUGGGUGAGAUCCAGCCUCAGGCAGGUAGUUUUCAUGUAUGCACAUGGCAAGGAAGUAGAAGACAGACAGACAGCAGAGUAUCGAGGGAGAACUGAGUUUUUAAGAGAUGGCAUCACUGCAGGGAAGGCUGCUCUCCGAAUUCACAGCGUCAGAGCCUCUGACACUGGAAACUACCUGUGUUAUUUCCAAGAUGGCAACUUCUACGAAAAAGCCUUGGUAGAGCUGAAAGUUGCAG